AGGUGGCGAAGAAUGGAUAGAUGGUUGUACUGAUUAGUGAUUAGUCAAAGCAGCAGCUAAGGAGAUGGAAAGUUGAGUUCGCGGAAGCACCCUUUGUGUUGUGUUGUGCUACUCGCCACACCAGUAGUAACUCCAUCCCCAUUGGUCAAAAUACAAUACCAUAAGCCUCUCUUACCUAUCUUGAUCCUCAUCCUCAACCUGCCAAACAUACCACACCAUGAACCUCUUUCUCUUUCUCUUUCUCUUCCCCUCCCUCUCCCUCUCCCUCUCCGCCACGUGUCCCCUCAACUUCACCAUCCUUGGCACCGAGAAGCCCUCCUCCUUCGACUCCUCCAAGUGCCCUGUCAUAAAGCAGGCCUUCCGCCUCGUACAGUCGGACUACCUCCGGCGCACCGACCUCUUCCUCCCUCCCCAGAACGCCUCGGAGGCAUGCUGGCAAAGUUUCCAGUCCUACGUUAACCUCUUCGACCCCACCUACGACAUUCGCUCCUCCUGCGGCUUCCAAACCUCCUCCAUCUCCCAAGGCUGCGCCAACGUCACCACCCGACAACAGUUCGAGUCCCUGGUCCCACAAUCCACCCUCCAGAAGACGCGCACCCAAUGCAACCAAUCCCUCGAAAACAACUCCCCCUGCGCCAUCUGCCUCACCUCACUCUCCUCCUUCCCUUCCUUCGGACAAUCCCUCGCCAACCUCACCGACUGCACCGCCUACGCCUCCAUCUACGCCGCCGCCUUCGCCAACCGCUUCGGCCCCGACGACCCCGGCACCGCCAAGUGCUUAUUCUCCCUCGAUUUCCCCUCCCACCACUCCUCCAACAAAAAAAAGAUUCUUUUUCCUCUUCUUUCUCUUUUCUCCCUCCUCGCCUUCUCCCUCCUCCUUCUCGCCUUUUGGGCUUGUUGCAAGUCUCGCCGCAAAACCGACUCCGAUAACAAGGAUCUUCGUGUUGCCGAGAUGGGUUUGGUUUCUGGACUUGAUUCCAUGGACCAAAGCACCACUUUGAUUAAGUUCACCUUUGAAGAUGUUAAAAAGGCCACUAAGAAUUUCUCUAGGGAUAACAUAAUCGGGAGAGGGGGUUACGGGAAUGUCUAUAAAGGCUUGUUGCCUGAUGGGAGUGAGGUCGCGUUUAAGAGGUUCAAGAAUUGUUCUGCUUCGGGUGAUGCCAGCUUCACUCACGAAGUUCAGGUUAUUGCUAGUAUUCGCCAUGUCAAUCUUGUUGCCUUGAGAGGUUAUUGCUCCGUCACUACUCGUUUAGAGGGUUACCAGAGGAUUAUUGUUUGUGAUUUGGUCAAAAAUGGAAGUCUUCAUGACCAUUUGUUUGGUUCCAAUGGGGUGAGACUCAGUUGGCCAAUUCGUCAGAGUAUUGCUCUUGGCACGGCUAGGGGGUUGGCUUAUUUGCAUUAUGGGGCUCAACCUUCCAUCAUUCAUAGAGAUAUUAAAGCUAGUAAUAUACUUCUUGAUGACAAGUUUGAAGCUAAGGUAGCAGAUUUUGGAUUAGCCAAGUUUAAUCCCGAGGGGAUGACGCAUAUGAGCACUCGGGUGGCUGGAACCAUGGGGUAUGUUGCUCCUGAAUAUGCUUUGUAUGGGCAAUUGACAGAGAGAAGUGAUGUGUUCAGUUUCGGGGUUGUGCUUCUUGAGCUUUUGAGUGGGAGGAAGGCUCUUCAGAUGAACAAUGAUGGUCAACCCUCUGCGUUGACUGAUUGGGCUUGGUCGUUGGUUAGAACGGGGAAGGCUUUGGAUGUUGUUGAAGAUGGCAUGCCACAGCCUGCUUCACCACAAGUUCUUGAGAAGUAUGUGUUAAUUGCUGUUCUUUGUUCUCAUCCACAGUUAUAUGCUAGGCCAACAAUGGAUCAGGUUGUUAAAAUGAUGGAGACUGAUGAGUCAGUGCCUUCAAUUCCUGAACGGCCAAUCCCUCUUGUUGCUGGGAGGCUUGAUAUUGAGAGAUCUGUGAGCAGUAGUGGCUCGGGUCAGCUCUCUAGUCCAACAGGUUAUCAGUCAUAUACUCUCGAAAGUGACCACCAAUCUUCUAAUUCUAGGGAAGACAGAAGCUCAAGCUCCAGGAUUUUGAGUACAGAUUGAGAUUUUGGGUGUUGAGAUAGUUUGUUUGUACAUUUAUAGCAUUUUUGUUUGCACGACAAAUUCAACUUGAUCCACGUUUGUGAGAAGCAAUAAUAAGUAGCUUCUGCUGAUUUUGGCCAUUUGAACGUGGUGAGAGGAUAUUGAUCUGCUUCAGUAAAUUUGUUCCAAACAUGUACUUAGAUUAUAGAAUACUGUAGUGUAUGCUUCUUGAAGAGUUUUCUGUUACAAAGCCAAAUUGGAUGUAAAAAUAUUUGAUUUUUUCGAGUUUAUAGGA